CACCGGUGCACCCGUAUCAAGCUGAGUUGCUAGGAUGGGGCUGCUCCAGGGAAUUUCAUGUUAAAAAGACUGCUUUCCAUAGGAUUCCAUGAAUUUCCUGGCAAAAGCUGGGAGGAUUAUAACAAACAAGCAGAUAACCACUGGAAAAGACAGGAUUAUAUCCUUAAUCCUAACCAGAACUCCAGUAGAAUCAGACGGAUGUACCCAGAAGCAUGCAUAAACUCUCCACAACACUCACCUUGCCUUCUUACCAACCAAUAUGCAGCUUGCAAAGGCAAGUCUUGCUUCAAGAAAAUACUUGAACGGUUUUGCAGAUGCUGCCCAGCCCUACUAUUUACAGCCACGUGAGCCUACUGUCAGAAUGCUUUCCAAGUCUGCAGAGAAGGCAGAGAUCCUCCCUCAGCUGCCAGCCCUACACCCAGGUGCUUUUCAGGUGUGCUGUAGAAUCCCUGGGACUACGCACGUUGGGUGAGCUACACUGGCUGCUGACUUGAGAUGCUCCUUGCCCUUAGCAAAGCAGACAUUUAAGAAUCUGCAUAAAGAUGUAUGAACCUAAAUGUUUCACAUAAUAUUUGCACCUAAUAAAUGUGGCACUAUCUGAUUUUUGUCAGCCUUGGUUAGACGUGUCUGGGAGACUUGGUUACUGUUCUAGCUUGGGUUUCAUUUGGUUUGGUUGCAUUCAGAGAGUGGUGGUCAAUGGUUCAAUGUCCAGAUGGAGAUCUGUGACAAGUGGUGUCCCUCAGAAGUCCAUUACAAGGACCACUGCUGUUUAAUAUCUUCAUCGAUGAUAUAGACAGCGAGAUCGAGUGCACCCUCAGCAAGUUUGCAAAUGACAACAAGAUUAGUGGUUCAGUUGUCACACCAGAAGGACAGGAUGGGACCUGGACAAGCUGGAGAAGUAGGCCUGUGUGAACCUCAUAAGGUUCAAAAAAGCCAAUUAUAAGGUCCUAAACCUGGGACGAGUCAAAACCCAAUUUAAAUACAGGCUGGGGGAAAAUGUUGUUUAAGAGCUGCCCUGCAGAGAAGGACUUGGGAGUGCUGUUUGAUGAGAAACUCCACAGGAGCCAGCAAUGCAUGCUCUCAGCUCAGAAGGCCAACCGUAUCCUGGCUGCAUCAAAAGAAGCAUGGCCAGCAGGUCAAGGGAGAUGAUUCUGCCCCUCUACUCCCCUCUAGUAAGAACUCAUCUGGAGUAGUGACCAGUUCUGCAAUCCUCAAUGUAAGAUGGAUAUGGAGCUGUUGGGACGGGUCCAGAGGAGGGCUACAAAUAUGAUAAAAGGGCUGGAGCACCUUCCCUACAAUGACAGGCUGAGAGAUUUGGGCUUGUUCAGCCUGGAGAAGAGAAGGCUCAGAGGUACCUUUCAGGUCAUACGCGCCCCCCCAGCCAAAACCUGCCAUAGUUGGCAGCCCCCCUCGGCCACAGUCACAAUCACUAUGACAUCACACUGGCCUCGUGCUGUCCCCAGCCACCUGACGGGCUGUUGCUCAGGACCUAGCAAAGCUGUGUCCGGUGCAGCUGGCUCAGAGCUCACUGAGCUUCGAGGCGUUUGCAUGGCAAACAUGUCUGGAAGGAAGAGCAGCCAGAGGAGUGAGGCAAGUGGCCGCGGCCCUUUGCACGGGACAGCACAGAGACGCUUCCCGCAGCCACCAAAGUCGAAGGCACCUCCCAGGAGCCUGAAUCAGUGUCGUCGGCAGUGGAAGAGGAGCAACGCCACCUCCCAUGCCGUGAGGGAGAUUGGCCGUCCUCCUCUGGGCAAUGGUGUGCGGUGCGUGACUGUAGACCCAGCAGGGAGCAGACAGGCAAGUGGCCGCUUUUGUUUGAACGCAGCAGCAUUUGCUUCAGGUUCAAAAGGGAGGAGCGUGGAGGCCAAGCCUGUCCCUGCGCCAGGGAGCAGCCAGGCAAGUGGCUGCUCCCCUCUGAAUCGGACAGCAUUGGCUUUAAAAGUAGACAAGAGCCACGUGGAUCUCAGGAAUAGUUCCUUGCCAAGCAAGAGCCAGAGCAGGCAGGCGAGUGGCUGCCCACCUUUGAAGCAGAGAGCAUUGGCUUCAGGUCCUGGGGGGAAAAGAGUGGACUCUAAGCCUGCCUCCAUGCCAGGGAGCAACAAGGCAAGUAGGAGCUCAUCUCCGAAACAGAGAGCAUUGCCUGGAAACGCAACAGGGGCCAACACACAUCCCAAGAAUAGCUCCCUCCCAAGGACCAGCCAGAGCAGCCAGGAGAGUCGCCACUCAGCUCUGAAGUGCAAAGCAUCGGCUUUACAUCCAGAAGGGAGGAGCGUUGAGUCCAAACCUGUCUCUGUGCCAGGGACCAGCCAGAGCAGCCAGGCGAGUGGCUGCUCACCUUUGAAACGGGCAACCUUGGCUUUAGGUCCACAAGGUAAUACCACGACUCUCAAGGAUGUCAUCACGUCACCUGCCAAGAGACGCGUUGCCUGUGCUCGUGCAACCAAUGCUGUUCAGUCUGCACCUGUGAGCAGAAGGUGGAAGAGGAUGGAGACCUGGCGUGCCUUUCUAUGGAGGCACGGUGUGAGUGUGAGAUGGAGGCGCGACCACACUGCAACAGAUGACGUGGAGCCCAUGGAGGUGGACCCUGCAGAGCACGGCGAGGAGCCCAUGGAGGUGGAUCCUCCGGACAUCAGCGAGGAGCCAAUGGAAGUGGAUCCACCUCAAUAAGAAUUGUCCAUGGCAGUGGGUCCACCUGACACACUGACCACCUGGCAGUAGUACCCCAACUGCCUUUCACAAAGGAAAUGUGGAAAUACCAAGGACUUCAGAGAAAUGGCUUACCGAUCUGCUUAAGCCUUUUCUGGACAAUGUCACAAGAACAAAAAGAAACUGUCCAGCUUGUCAGAGAACGGCAAACACUGAGCAGUCACACAAGGGCAAUUGAGCCUGUCCAGCUUGCUCUCUGCAUUGCUUUCCUUCCUCGGGAUUAAAAAGCCUUCUUCUCCAAGACAAUUCUGCAAGAAUGAAAAUAUACGUCCAGCUUACUUCA